AUGCAGUUUAAGAACAUUUUCAUCCUCACUCUCGCCGGCCUCGCCGUGGCCGCACCACAGAAGGGCAACGGCAAGGGCAAUAAUAGCAGCAAGCAGGCUCAGGAGGUUGCCAAGCAGGAGAAGGCCGGCCUGUCCUGCGAGGCCGCGCAAUCGGAUGGUUCCAUAUUUUGCGGUGAUGGAAGUGGUGCAGGAUGUACUGUCACCGCCAAGGGCAACGUUCUCUGCGGCUAA